GACCGAAGCUGGCGGCGGCGCCCCCGCGCAGGGCCAUGUUGGUGGUGGCGGCGCCGGGCGCCAAGCGCCACCCUCCGCCGGCCUCCGCCAGCAUCGACAGCCAGCGCCGGGGCUUGCCCAUCUUCCAGGCGCGAGGGACGCUGCUCGGGCAGCUCCGCGGCCUGGACUGCGCCGUCCUCAUCGGGGAAACAGGUUCUGGGAAGACGACGCAAAUCCCGCAGUACCUCUAUGAAGGGGGAAUCGGGCGCCAGGGCAUUGUUGCUGUGACACAACCUCGCCGCGUGGCUGCUAUAUCCUUGGCUACCCGAGUCUCGGAUGAGAAGAAAACGGAGCUGGGAAAAUUGGUCGGCUACACCGUGCGCUUCGAGGACCUCACCUCCGAGGAGACCAAGAUCAAGUUCCUGACGGACGGGAUGCUGCUGCGUGAGGCCAUCGGCGACCCCCUCAUGCACAAGUACAGCGUCGUCGUUUUGGACGAGGCCCACGAGAGGACGGUCCACACGGACGUGCUCUUCGGCGUGGUGAAAGCGGCGCAGAAGAAGCGGAAGGAGCUGGGGAAGUUGCCCCUGAAAGUGAUCGUGAUGUCGGCCACCAUGGACGUAGACCUGUUCUCUCAGUACUUCAACGGCGCUCCUGUCCUCUACCUCGAGGGCAGGCAGCAUCCCAUCCAGAUCUUCUACACAAAGCAGCCUCAGAGCGAUUACCUCCAAGCGGCGCUGGUGACCGUCUUCCAAAUCCAUCAGGAAGCUCCUUCCUCCCACGACAUCCUGGUGUUCCUGACGGGCCAAGAAGAGAUUGAAGCAAUGACCAAAACGUGUCGGGAAAUUGGGAAGCACCUUCCGGACGGCUGUCCUCAGAUGGUGGUCCUGCCGCUCUACGCUUCCCUGCCUUAUUCGCAACAGCUCCGAGUCUUCCAGGUUGCGCCGAAGGGUUACCGCAAACUCAUUCUCUCCACCAACAUUGCAGAGACCUCUAUCACCAUCGCAGGCAUAAAAUACGUGGUGGAUACGGGCAUGGUUAAAGCGAAGAAGUAUUCUCCCGAAAGCGGCCUGGAGGUGCUGGCGGUCCAGCGUGUGUCGAAGGCCCAGGCCUGGCAGCGAGCCGGACGGGCUGGGAGAGAGGACAGCGGCCUUUGCUACCGCCUUUACACGGAAGACGAGUUCGAGAAGUUCGAGAAGAUGACCGUGCCAGAGAUCCAAAGGUGCAACCUGGCCAGUGUGAUGCUCCAUCUCCUGGCUCUGAGAAUCCCCAACGUCCUCACCUUUGACUUCAUGUCGAAACCAUCCCCAGAGGCUCUCCAGGCUGCUAUCGAGCAACUGGCCCUCCUGGGCGCGGUGGAAAGGAAAGAAGAUCAACUGGUCCUCACCCCGCUGGGAAGGAAGAUGGCUGCGUUUCCCCUGGAACCCAAAUUCGCCAAAACGAUCCUGACGGCCCCCAAGUUCCACUGCACGGAGGAAAUCCUCACCAUUGUCUCUCUGCUCUCCGUGGACAGCGUUCUUUACAACCCUCCCUCACGGCGGGACGAGGUCCAGGCCGUCCGGAAGAAGUUCAUCUCCAGCGAAGGGGAUCACAUCACGUUGCUCAACAUCUACCGAGCCUUCAAAAACAUCAGCGGCAAUCGGGAAUGGUGCAAAGAAAACUUUGUGAACAGCAGAAAUAUGUUGCUGGUCUCGGACGUCAGGGCUCAGCUCCGGGACAUUUGUAUGAAGCUUUCGAUUCCGCUGGAGUCUUCCCGAUCCGACACGGGGAACAUCCGCCGCUGCCUGGCCUACAGCCUCUUCAUGAACACGGCAGAGCUGCAGCCGGACGGCACCUACGCCACAACCGAUGCCCGCCAGCCGGUGGCCAUCCACCCUUCCUCGGUCCUCUUCCACUGCAAGCCAGCCUGCGUCACGUACAACGAACUGCUCCACACCAGCAAGUGCUACAUGCGGGACUUGUGCGUGGUGGAUGCCGACUGGCUGUAUGAUGCCGCCCCCGAGUACUUCCGCCAGAAGCUCAGGACGGCCAAGAACUGACCGUGAGGCUUCCUGGGUGUGUGUGUGUGUGUGUCUUGCGGGCCGGGAUUUGGGUCACCAAACCUCCAGGAACUGUGCGGUACCGAUCGCCCACCCGCUGACAGGAGAGUGUCUUCUUGAAAGAACCGUGUGUCGGAAACACGCCUCAGGCUGCAGUCGCCUUUACCUGGAAGCGGUUUACCAGGCAACGUUUAUUUCUGCUGAAGCGCCUCUCUGAAUUGGUCCUCCUCUGUUUCCGUUCCAAAUGUGGGAGCGUCCCUAUUUGACAGGUGGGGAAAAAGCUGUCCUUGGCCCUCCACUGAUUUCAGUAGGAUUGUGCACCAAGGGAAAAGAACUCACAUUGCUUUCCAAGGCGAACUCGAGGGAUCUAUGUAUUCGAAAAUAUAUAUAUAUAUUGCUGCCUUGUCCUGGGCUUUGUCAACAUGAUGUUAUAACCUGAAUUGGAGGAGGGGAGUUUUUUGAAAUGGUUAUUUUGAGGAUGGACGUGCUAAUCUCUCUCCCCACCCCCUGGCACAUAUUUUAGGUUGUAGUUAUUUUAAUAGUAACAAUUAAUAAUAAUAAAAUUAUUUAUUUCUUA